UGCUUUAAUAUUCAUCCAAGAAAAUCUUUCAUACUAUUUGUUUCUUCAUAAUAAUAACUACUAGUAUUUCAUAAUGGCUUUUGCGAACCUUAGCCAAUACCUUUUCUUAGCUUUGUUCUUCAUAGUUUUGGGACUGUGGAACUCUCAAGUAGCUUCAUCACGUCCUAUUAACUAUGAGGCAAGCAUGCGAGCUAGGCAUGAGCAAUGGAUUGCUCAUCAUGACAAAGUUUACAAAGAUUUGCUUGAGAAAGAAAUGCGUUUUAAAAUAUUCAAAGAAAACGUGGAACGUAUAGAAACUUUUAAUGCGGGUGAAGAUAAAGGAUACAAACUUGGCGUUAAUAAAUUUACUGAUCUCAUAAAUGAGGAAUUCCGUGUGUUACAUACCGGUUACAAGAGGUCAUCACAUCCUAAGGUCGUGUCUUCCUCAAAGCCAAGAACACAUUUUAGGUACGCUAAUGUGACAGACAUACCGCCAACUAUGGAUUGGAGAAAGAAAGGUGCCGUUACCCCUAUCAAGGACCAAAAAGAUUGUGGUUGCUGUUGGGCGUUUUCUGCAGUAGGUGCAAUGGAAGGGCUACACCAACUGAAAACAGGAAAGUUGGUCCCUUUAUCAGAGCAAGAGCUUGUAGACUGUGAUGUUGAAGGUGAGGAUGAAGGUUGCAGUGGUGGACUAUUGGACACUGCAUUUAAAUUCAUUAUGAAAAACAAGGGCCUCACUACAGAAGCUAACUAUCCAUACAAGGCAGCAGAUGGUGUCUGUAACAAGAAAAGGUCAACUGUUUCAGCUGCCAAGAUUACAGGAUACGAAGAUGUGCCAGCCAACAGCGAGAAGGCCCUUUUGCAGGCUGUAGCUAAUCAACCAGUAUCAGUGGCAAUCGAUGGGAGCAGCUUCGAUUUCCAGUUCUAUUCAAGUGGAGUUUUCAGCGGAUCAUGUAGCACUUGGCUUAACCAUGCUGUUACAGCAGUGGGAUAUGGCGCUACAAGUAAUGGUACAAAAUAUUGGAUUAUAAAGAAUUCUUGGGGCAGUAAAUGGGGUGAAAAUGGAUAUGCACACAUGAAAAGGGAUAUUCAUGAUAAAGAAGGCCUUUGUGGACUUGCCAUGGACGCUUCUUAUCCCACUGCCUAAAGGAAAUUAACUAUCCUUAGUUUUUUUAAGUACUUUUCAACCAUGUUUACAUGUGAAUACGUUGUGGGUUUGAAGUAGACUAUGAUUAAACUGUCCAUAGUUAUAGCACUUAAAAGGUGCCAGCUUCUAAAUUGUACAUUUUAAUGUUCAUCAUGUGAAAUAUAUGAUUGUUAUUGUCUAAA